GGGGUUUCCUUACCAGAAGGAAGAACACGAGUCGUUAGUAGUUCGGUUCUGGUUUCGAGAUCCGAUCAAAAUAUAAUUUUGAGCAGAUCAGUUUCAAUUUUCUUUAGAGAUCGAGACGUUUUUAAGGGAGGAGAUGAGCGAGGUAUUUGAAGGGUACGAGAGACAGUACUGCGAGCUCUCAACCAAUCUCUCCAGAAAAUGUCAUUCUGCCUCGCUUCUCCCCCACGGAGAAGAGAAGAAGGAGAAGCUUGUUGAGAUCAAGUCUGGAAUGGACGAGGCUGAUGUCUUGAUCCGGAAAAUGGAUCUUGAGGCAAGAAGUUUGCAGCCGAGUGCUAAAGCUGUCUGUCUUUCCAAACUAAGAGAGUAUAAAUCUGAUUUGAACCAACUCAAGAAAGAAUUCAAACGAGUCUCUUCCCCAGAUGCUAACCAAUCUACACGUGAAGAACUUCUGGAAUCCGGAUUGGCUGAUGUGCACGCGGUAUCAGCUGAUCAGAGCGGGAGAUUGGCAAUGUCAAUGGAGAGGCUUGACCAAUCAAGCGACAGAAUCAGGGAGAGUAGAAGACUAAUGCUGGAGACAGAAGAGGUUGCUAUUUCAGUUGUUGAAAAUCUCAGUCAGCAACGCCAAACCCUCCUUCACGCUCACUCUAAGCUUCAGGGUGUGGAUGAUGCCAUUGACAAGAGUAAGAAAGUGUUGACUGCUAUGUCUAGAAGAAUGUCGAGGAACAAAUGGAUCGUUGGUUCCGUCAUCGUGGCUCUCAUUCUCGCCAUCAUCUUGAUCAUCUCAUACAAGCUUUCUCAUUGAUUAAUAUACUCAAAACCAUAUGAAUUCAUCGUGAUCGUGUGUAUAUAGGAUGGUUGAUUCCUUUGUAAUGGGCCCAAAUGUUUUUACUUGUGUGUGUAUUGGAGUGCAAUUACUUCAAACACAUGGACAGGUCCUCGUCGUCCUUGUGAAAACUAGAUUACUAAACACUUCAUUGUUGUUAGAGCAUUGAAAAAGUGUAAACAUAAAAUAACAAGUCAACAACGUAUAAGAUGGAUAGUUAUAUCAACCA